UAUUAAAUGGUAUUACAUCCUAAAAGGUGCUGAAGAUCAGCCAAUCAGAAGCCGAGGAAGGCGGGGCGCAGCCUGUUGCUCUGAGAGGUGACGUAUUUUCCUGGCGCAUGCGCAGUUGCGGGGGUGAGAAGAUGGUGAUCAUCAAGGAGUACCGUGUGGUCUUGCCAUGCUCAGUAGAAGAGUACCAAGUGGGCCAGCUUUUCUCUGUAGCGGAGGCCAGCAAAAACGAGACCGGUGGCGGAGAGGGCAUCGAAGUGCUGAAAAAUGAACCGUACGAAAAAGAGGGCGAGAAAGGGCAGUACACACACAAGAUCUACCACUUGAAGAGUAAAGUGCCCAGUUUUGUAAAGAUGAUCGCACCAGAGGGGGCUCUAGUAUUCCACGAAAAAGCCUGGAACGCCUACCCAUACUGCCGUACCAUCGUGACGAAUGAAUACAUGAAAGAUGACUUUAUGAUCAAAAUUGAGACGUGGCACAAACCAGAUAUGGGCAUCAUAGAAAAUGUACAUGCAUUAGACCCGGAGACUUGGAAGUCGGUUGAUGUAGUGCACAUCGACAUUGCAGAUAGAUCACAAGUGGAACCUUCAGACUAUAAGCCUGACGAAGACCCUGCACUCUUUCACUCGGAGAAGACUGGCCGAGGUCCACUAGGUCCAAACUGGAAGGCAGAGCUCAGUGCAAAAACCGAUACUCCACGAAUGUGUGCGUACAAACUAGUCACUGUGAAGUUCAAGUGGUGGGGCCUUCAAAACAAAAUCGAGCAGUUCAUCCACAAGCAAGAGAAAAGGAUCUUUACCAACUUCCACCGUCAACUCUUCUGCUGGAUCGACAGGUGGGUGGAGCUUACCAUGGAGGACAUCCGGCGGAUGGAAGCUGAGACACAGAAGGAGCUAGAAGAGCUCCGUAAAACCGGUCAGGUACGAGGCACCAGUGCUGCUCAUGAACAGUGAGGCAAAACUAAAGAAUCCUGCUGCAAUUUGCUGAUGAAGGAAUGACGACACAAAAGUGAAGACGGCCUGUGGUGUGUUCGAGUUCUCCAUCAGAAUGAUCAGUAAUACUGUAGCCACCUCAACAUCUUACUCAGCACACCAAACAGCCUCACCCUGACAGAGAUUCACACCUCUAUCUACUUGCCUAUAAUGACUUUACUGGAGAAUGGUAGGAUUUGUGGGAAAUAUAAAUAAGUAAUUAAGGUUUAGUGAUAUUUCUUUAAACUUUGUGGCAGGUAUUGGACCAAUUUUAACUGUCUAUUUCCUUAAAAUUAACUGUAGUUUCUUUUUUCCCCCUCAACAUUAAACUAUCCUUCCUCCAAUCCCUUUUUUUUCAUCUUCCCCUCAGAUUAAGCACUUAUUUCACUGGGAUAGGGUUUUUGUUUGUUUGUUUUGUUUUUUAAUAAUAAUCAUGGUUUAUUUUUAUCCUGCUAAUUAAUAUAUUUUAUUUUCUUUGUUUUGUUUGUUUUAUAGAAUAUUCUAUUGCAUAAAGGGAAUAAUCUGCAGCUAGAAAAGCAAGCACAUGUUCACACGAACACGCACACAAUUUGCCAUCAAUCAUUCUGUCACAUUGGGUGAAGCGCACACAGACCACAGAACCUCUUUGGUUAGUAGCUUUGCAUGAGCUUAGCUAUGCCAUGGCAGAGCAGGUGUUUUUUGUUUUGUUUCAUGCAUUUUUUUUUUCUUUCUUCUUCUCCCCAAACACCCCCCCCCCCCCCCCCCACUGGAUGACUAUCUGUCCUCAGCGGGGCCUCCAUCAUUGGCACUGAGCUAGAUUUAGAAGUGUAGAUUUAGACCGUUUAUUGGAACUUUAAUUUCUUCCUUGAUACAGAUGAACUACCAGUGCUGGUACUGCCUCUUUUAUUUUUUUUUAUAUAAGAGCUCUUGGAGCUAGUAGUAUGCUGCUAGAUCUUAAAUGUCCAUAUAACAAUGUCCAUAUUCUCUUGGUGCUGGCUGAAAUGCUAAUUUUCCAAGAGUCAAGAUUUUUAGAGCACCUAUAAAUAAAGAAAAAUGUCUUCUAAUCUUAAUGCAUGUGUGUUGAAAGUUCAAAUUUAGAGAUAUGUCUGAGGCGCUACCUGAAACAAGCCUUCUGUGCAAACCUUCCCAGUGUCCACUCAGCUUUCAGUCUGGCGUCUUGAAUCCCAUUAGCCAGCCUAGCCAAAAACACACACACACACACACACACACACACACAGGGGUUAGCUUUCUUGCACUGGUCACAUAAGAGACUGAACCUGCUCUACAGGGUUUUUUUUUUUUUAAGAACUUUUUUUUUUUCUCUACAGUGUGCUUUAAAUAGUAUGUGUACAGUUUUCUAUAAUAGAGACUUUAAUAGAUUGGUAAUAUUACAUUAUUUCCUUAUUUCUAAAGAGGUCAAAGUGAAAAGACAAGAUUUUUAAACUGUAGAUAUUCACUUUUAUAUUUUGUAGUCCAUGUGAUAGGCUGCAGGGAUUUCUGAACAGUUGAAGGUUGGAGUUUGAAAUCAAAGGUGUGCCUGAUGCUCUGUAACCCUCCCAGCCUUCUCACUUCUCCCCCUGUUGGUAUAUAAGACAUUUAUUGAUGGAUGUGGUGAAUCUUUUUGACACAAUCAACGGAUCAGUGCAUUGUGAUGUUUUUCUUUUUUUAGAAUAAGCCGACAUCCUUACACUUAUCGACUGUCGCAAAUGUUGAAUGAGUUGCUGGAGCUGGCAGCAUCUUUUUCAUGUUUAGAAACCUCUCGUCAGGUUUUGUUUACCCGUUUUCUUUAGCAUCACAGUCAAAGCCAUGAGGAAAUUCCUCUAAAUCAGGAUUGAUUGAUGGGUGCACUGUGUGUAGUAGUAAAGCUUUAUAGGAGACUUGACUGAGGAGUUCUAUCGUACUGUCACUGAGUUUCUUAUAAAUGAUUUUGUUCACUUUUAUCCACUGAAUAUCAGGCGGGGAGGGAACAUUAUGAUCUUGGAUAUGAUAGAUAAAUCAGAUAUAUACUUUAAUCAUGUGAGUCUUGGUUUAUUUCAGGAACAUCUGCAACUCGUAUCUUAAUCAGGGGAAUAUCCAUAAAUGUACAAUUGUUUUGUUUGCUUGUUUUUUUUUCAUUAUUUUUGUUAAAAUUGGACAAAAAAGUCUGGAUAAUGGAAUUGAAUAUGUAAUAAAUUUAUCAAGUCUCUUCUCA